AUUGAGCCGAGAUUAAAGUUAAUCUAUAUUGGUGGGCAUAAAAAAUUGAUAUAGUAAACCGCGAUGAAGAAGAAACAGUUUGAUGAACGAAAUUCUUUUUGCUGAAAUCGCAAUCGUUUCGCUCGAUUCCUCUGGCGAACUUUCAUUCAUUCGUCGUUAAGCCGAAAACUCGCGCGAAAUCGCGUGGUAAUCUCGACGAGGAAUCUCUGCGACGAGCACUUCCUCGCGGUAGCAUUCGGAGGCGUCUACCUACACGCUGCAACUCGCCCGGCCUAUUUAUAAAGUGCGACCUCGUGGCACACACCGCGUUCGCCACUACCGCCUACCUAUCAUGGUCGUCCCGCGUGCAAAUCAGCGCGCUGUCUAGCCCGCUUCUUCCUAAUUUCCGAACGUACCGAAAAACGGGUCAGAGCUAUUUUCGCGCGAAACGGCCCUCAAAAGCCGCGAAAGUGACGACGGCGAUGCUUCGUUAGAGCACGCAACGCCGCGUGCACCACGUGUGCGCACCACCUCGUCUCCACUUCGCUCUCUCGCCUUUGUUAUCCUCAAUAACGGAGCGAAUCUCGCAAUCUGGGAACGAUCUAGGACAAAUCUGGGAACGUCACGAAGAAGAAGGCGUCCAGUCGAGGCGGCGCGUGCCGAAAUGUCGGGAAUAGAAGAUUCGCAGGACGCGUCGGAGCAGGAUGACGCUCAAGAUGAGACCACGGAGACAGUGGGAGUCAGCCAUGAGGUAGCGAGCACGAUAGAGGAAUCGGAUAGCUCAGAGUCGACAGAGUCUUUGUCGGAAAAAUCGUCGACGAAGGAGCCGGAGGAGGAACAAGAGGAAGUUAAGGAAAAGGAACGAGAAGAAGUAAAGGAGAAGGAACGAGAGGAAGUGGAAGAGACGCGAGCGAGGGAGACGCCGAGUUGCGAAGAGACGCAAAAGGAAGAAACGUCGGCCUCAGCUCCGAAAAAGCCGCUGUCGCCGUUUGCCAAAUUUCGUCAGCUCGAUAGGCAAAAUAGCGCCAGUUUGUCGCCAAGCCCUGUAAAAUCACCGGGAACGGACUUUCGAUUCAAAUUUACCGAACCAACUGUACGAGACAAUGCUGCGCAAAUUAAGGAGCGAUUACUGGCGUGGUGCCGAUCGAAAACCAAAGAGUAUGAGAACGUGCAGCUUGACAACUUCUCGACAAGCUGGAACAACGGUUUGGCAUUCUGCGCGUUGAUCCAUCACUUCAGGCCGGAUGCUUUCGACUACAAUUCUCUACGUCCGGAGAAUCGCAGGAAAAACUUCGAGCUCGCUUUUACGAAGGCCGACGAAGUCGCUGGAAUCGCGCCGCUACUUGACGUCGAGGACAUGGUGAUGAUGCAACGGCCGGACUGGAAGUGCGUCUUCACAUACGUACAGUCGAUCUAUCGUCGCUUUAAGGAUGAGGACUAGCGGCUUAGCUUAUAAAUCAGCAACAGCAGCAACGUAAUUCCACUUCACGCCAAGACAUAACACGACCGCCUACUUGUAGAACAAAGUUUUUUUUUUACUUCGUACGUGGCUAGAAUAACAGCCAUUUAUUUUUUUUAUAUACAUACAGGAUUGCGGUGUUCCUGUGGACACAUGUAAAUCUGGUAGUUAAGCGUAGAAUUUCAGACAAUGUCUUAUAAUGAAUGAUGACGAUGACAAUGAUGACGGCAACGAUGAUGAUGAUGAUGAUGAGUCAUUGAAGUCGGUCUCACAAUCGCGUGAGAAGCUAUAUGCAUUCGUACAUGUCUUAUAUUUUCAUAUUUCUCGCAUAUUUUCCUGGCACGCAGCCUUUACUAACGUGUAACUACUUUCUACCGAUGCUGAUGCAGCGGCUAAGAUGAUUUAUUUCUACAUAUAUAUACGUACGUGAAAAUACACGAUAGUAUUUACGUGUAAGCAAAAUGUGUAAAAUCGCUAAAAUUAGUGACAUUAGCGUCGAUAUUAUAAAAACUAAUUAAAACGCCUUGAGAGUACCAAAGAAAUUUCUCAAAUAAAUAUGUGAUAUAAUAAGAA